AUGAUGAUACCCCAUCGGGCUCGGAGUCCGAUACUACCGCCAGAGAUAUGGCACAUGAUAUACUGCUACUUGGACAUUGACGAUCUGGUGAACCUCGAUUCUGUGAAUCACCCGAUCCGCGCGGAGCCGGAAUCGUUCUGGGAAGCCCUGCUGAAACGAUUCUUCAUAGUGAGCACCGUGUGUCGCGGGACACGUGAUCCCCGCCAGGUGUUCCUUGCGCUGGCGGAUUUCCGGUUUUCGAGGCUUUCUUGCGCUCCUCUGGUGUCGUCUCGAACGAGUUCGGUGUUUGAGUCUCAAGUGGACCAGGUGCUGGUUCGAUCUCCGUUUCUGGUCGACAGCAGCCAUGGUCACGUGGCGGAGGUGUGGGAUUUUGCCCAAAUGGCGAAAUUCCGCUUCGAUAUGGACCCGAAACUGGCGGCCUGUAUCGGUGUGGAUGGAAGUGGAGCGAGUCUGGAAAAGGGACAAGCCGGAGAAUCGGUCGUUAUGCGGUACGAUUACGAGGGACACGUGACUCACUCGUUUGCAAUCCCCUUUGAUUCCUCCGAGUGCAACAUUUUCUGCACCAACGACACCAUUGACUGCACUUUUCUGGUCCAGGGGCUCCACAAGUUUUACGUCAAUUGGGCGGCGCGGGAGCUCAACGAUGUCGGGUACAUUUCUGCAGCAGUCAAUGUGGCCAAUGGGCAGAUUUUCUGUCUUCUGGGUCACUCGCUUGCUAUCUGCGACUUUGCCGGCAACUAUACGCCUCUAGAUGUUCACUUUAACCCCGAUUUGAGAUCUCCAAGGUGGGUUCCCGGAGGAGGCAAGCGGUUUCUGGUCAUCAGUCAGUCACGUGGAUCCACCAGAUUGUUGUAUCUUGUGGACGCGGUCAAUAGAACCUAUGUUUCUUGGCCGGUGGAAGGAGAUAAGAGGGAGCCUGAUGAGAUUCAGGUGUUUGAAGAUCAGGUGGUCAUGUGGUAUGUUGAUAGGGAGAGGUGCUUGGAGGAGUUUUUGACCCCGUGGCAAGGCGAAUAA